UAUCCACUCUAUAAAUGUCCGCAUUCUGGUAUUUUUCUAGAUGCCAAACAACUUGUCAUUCUAAUCUAAUCACCCUCGCAACCAAAAUGGCUGAUGAUGCACAGGACCAGGCUGACCGAGAGAAAAUUUUCAAGCGUUUUGAUGCUAAUGGUGAUGGACAAAUUUCUGCGGCGGAGCUGGGGGAUGCCCUGAAGGCUCUGGGCUGUGUCACAGGAGACGAAGUCAAGCGUAUGAUGGAUGAAAUUGAUACUGAUGGCGAUGGCUUCAUUUCCAAAGAGGAGUUCACAAGUUUCGCGUUGGCCAAUAGGGGUUUAAUCAAAGAUGUUGCCAAGAUAUUCUAGUCUCCCUUCUUCUUUUUCGUUCUGCCAUCUCAUGCAGAUUGCAGUAAAUUUUUUUCUCUUCAUAGUUUUCUGACUUGGCUCAAUUCGUCCAUGUCAUAGACUUGGUAUUUACAAGUGCAUUUCCCAGUAGUUAAGCUGUAACGUGAAUUUUGUGUUAUCUAUAUAUGUAACUACCUGCUCAA